AUGUUCUGGAGCUCGGACGCUGAAGGUGAUGCGGUGGUGAGGUUGGCACUGUGCCAUUCUGACAGCGAUGAUGCCAUCAGUGGACUCUUCAGCACCCGGCGCCUGCUGGACGUACCGUGGGUUUUGCCUUGCCUUGCUGAACUGCAACGCUGGCUGCACUGCAGAGACCCCAAGUCGCCGAUACCUUCUCCCCACUUGAGCAGCAUCGCAAUUCCCAUUACCCAACGCGAAACUCGCAGCAUCGCAACAUCGCAACGUCGCGACACGACACCCCUCCCCUUGGACUGCACGACUGUCGCCAUUCAUGUCAAGGGUGGUGAGACCGGCAAUUUGCUCGCGCGCUGGCCCGGUUCAAACAAGUGUCUGGUCAUCUCGAUGGCUGGAGUCAAUGCCAAGAAGGCUCAUGUGACCAUGAUCGAGUGGCCAUCCCUUGGUUUCCAUUACCCAAUUUUUGCCAAAGAGAAACUCCAGCGUCUCCAGCGCCGGCCCUCUCCUGGUGGUGUCAAUAUGCGGGCCGGUGAAAGAGUCUCCUCUGUGCACCCUGACGGCGUUGUUUUCGCACACAGGUCAGCUUUGACCUCUCACACAGGGCCAUCAGUGGCACACCCACCCUUGUUCCAUGGAGAUCCGGAUCUCUCGGAUGAGUCGAAGCACCUGUAA